GUGCAUUUCACCAAUGAGACGCGCGUCUCGCAGCAACCCGCCACUUUGAGCGGAAUCACCGCACUGACCGCACACAGUGUGUACAAACAUGCGGGGAUUAUCACAGCACAGCGCGUGAACGUGACAAAUCGAGAUAAAUAUGCGCCACUUUGCGUUUCUCGUCUAGCUCGUUUUUUUUUUUUUUUUUAGCAGACUACAACACAACUGUCCUCGUCGGUGUCUCGAGAGAAAUAACAGCAGCCAUGGAGAAGCAAGUGAAGGGAACAUCACGAAAAUCAAAGGCCACCAAACACAAGGAGAAAAAGAGAGCCGUUGGGAAACCUUUCCGUAAAAAGUCCUUUAAAUCAGUCGGGACUUUCAUGGCGAAGAUUUUUAAAAGUUUAGGCGCCUGGACACACAGCAGGGACGCCACAGAGCCGCUGGACACCGAGGACGAUGACGGCGGAUUCCGGGUCGGAGCUCCUUGUACGCACUCGGUGACCGGGAAAGAAGACGAACGGGAUCGUUUAGUGAAAACUUCGACGCUUCAGUCGCGCUGUUCACUGAAAGAGCGGCUUUCGUUAUGUUACGGAGACAAAACCCCCGGUGUCCUGGGUCUGAAAAACCACGGGAACACUUGCUUCAUGAACGCCGUGGUGCAGUGCCUGAGCAACACCGACCUGCUGGCUGAGUACCUCGGUUUGCAGCACUAUAAGCUGGAUAUGAGUGAAGUGAGGAGUGAAGACGCGCAACUCGCUCCUGGAGAAGUCACCGAGCAGCUGGCGGCGCUCGUGCGUGCGCUCUGGACGCUGGAAUACACACCGCAACUCUCAGUGGAGUUUAAGACGAUUGUGUCCAAGUACGGCUCUCAGUUCCGGGGGAAUUCCCAACACGAUGCUCUGGAGUUCCUGCUGUGGCUGCUCGACCGCAUCCACGAAGACGUCAACUCCUCGUUAUCAUCCCCAUGUGGAAACAACAGGAUCAAAACCAAUGGAAAGGAUAUGGCAGGAGGAGACGAAUUAGCUAUUUCUGAGCUUCCAAAUCAGCAACCUGGUGAACGUCACAGCUUUGUCCAGGCACACUUCCAGGCGCAGUACAAGUCAUCGCUCACAUGUCCUCAUUGCCUUAAGCAGAGUCACACAUUCGAUCCGUUCCUGUGCAUCUCUCUUCCCAUCCCUUUGCGUCAGACCAGGCCACUGUGUGUGACUCUGGUGUUCAGCACUAAAGGGCAGAGGUAUUUAAGAGUGGGACUAGCUGUGCCUUUAUUCGGUUCUCUGGCUUGCCUGCGCAGAAUGGUGGCAGAUGAGGGCAAGAUUUCCCCGGACCAAGUGAUUUUGACUGAAAUUUACACUACUGGUUUCCAACGCUCCUUUUUUGAUGACGAUGAUUUGACCAGCAUCGCAGAAAAUGAUGUCAUUUACGCCUUCCAAGCCCCGCCUCUUUACAUCAGGGGAGGAUCCACGAGAAUAUCAGGCUACCACCACAGUCUCCCUUCUUCACCGUACUCCUCGUCUGGGUCCGAAGCUCAGAGACUGGCUGCAUCCGGGGCACUCUCCUCCGAGUUCCUCAACCAUGGAGGGGGAACAACAAAGAUUCUCCUGCUGGUUUGUAACGCUGCUGGAGCAGGCCAACAAGCUGUGAGGUUUGGUCCUCCAUUUCUGAUGAGAGAAGACAGGUCAGUGUCAUGGGAUGAGCUACAGCAGAGCAUCCUCAGUAAGCUCUACUACCUGAUGAUCAGUGGAGCACAGCCGCAGAAUAACAGAGUCCUGUUUAAAAUCCGUGUCGUUGGGGGAUCGGCGUCCUGUAGCUACUUGAAUCCACAGGAUGGACGUCCACUUUACCAUCCUGCAGUAGACAGAGCUCUAAAGCUGUGUGGCUCCGGCGGGCCUCCACAUGUGAAGCUGAUCGUGGAGUGGGAACACAGAAUGAAAGACUGUCUUUUUGGUAACAUUCAGGAGGAGGUGGUGAAGGACUGUGAGAGUGUACGCGCUCAGCAGCAGCAGCAUGUCCAGCAACACAGCUGCACACUGGACGAAUGCUUUCAACUUUAUACUAAAGAAGAGCAGCUGGCUCCAGACGACGCAUGGAAGUGUCCUCACUGCAAGCAGCUGCAGCAAGGCAUGGUUCAGAUGAGUCUGUGGACACUCCCGGACAUCCUCAUCCUCCACCUCAAGCGUUUCAGGCAGGUGGGCGAACGACGAAACAAGCUGUCCACUCUGGUGCGCUUCCCUCUCACAGCCCUGGAUAUGGCGCCCCACAUGGUCAAGAGGGGUAACUGCACACGCUUGCCUUCUACAUGGAAACAGCAGCCUCAUCAUAGGACUGAAACAGGCCAACAUCCUGAGGACUUCUUGUAUGACCUGUACGCUGUAUGUAACCAUCACGGGGGCAUGCAUGGAGGUCACUACACAGCAUACUGUAGGAACUCAGUGGAUGGCCAGUGGUACGGUUAUGAUGACAGCAGCGUAGAGCCGGUGCCUGAGGGGGAAGUCUGUACACGUGGGGCUUAUAUCCUCUUUUACCAGAGACGCAACAGCAUCCCUGCAUGGUCAGCCAGCUGCUCGCUCCGAGGCUCUACUAGCUCCUCCAUGUCUAAUCAUUGGCUCAUCCGUUUGACAUCGGUGUCAGAAGAUAGCCAGACUUUGUGUUCCACGACUAAGACCUCAAACUGCUCUUCAGCUCCUGAGCCUCAAACACCGACUUCUCCUGUUUUCUAUGAGCAGCCAAAAGUAGAUUCUGAUGGAUUUGCGGCAAGACCAUUUGUCCGUGGCACCCAGGGCCGAAGCGUAAGCCUGCGUUCACCCACCAAGAAUAAGGAAACCCUGAGCAAAGUGCUUCCUCUGCGCUGGUCUUUUGGUUCCAAGGACCGCAAGAAAGUCACUUCUGUCCCUCAGAUCACAACACCACGGUCUGGAGAACUGGUGGAGUACCUGGAAUCUGGACGGAGGCCACGGUGCACCAAGGAUCCAAUAGUGAGUCUGGUGGCUAGCCCUGCACAAGGUAAAGCCCAGGUUCCUGUGGAUGACUCUCUCAGCUCCCCUAGUGGCAGCAGUGGUUUUAGCGGUGCAGAGAGAGGAAGCUGUCGUGAGUCGGAUUCACCUCGAGUACCUGAAGGCCAGAGCAGACCAGGUUCAGACAGAAGCGCUAGUAAGGGCAGAGAUGAAGGUUUACUAGUCAGGAGGACUUCAAAGAGGAGGCAGGAGCAACACGGAAGGUCUCAAGAUGGUCAGUCUUGUCGCGAAUCCUCAGCUGGGGUUCAGCCUGGGACAAGCACAGCUCAAAGUUUAUCAAACAGCACAAGUGAAAGCAAAGACUCCACAAUAAAGAGACAUUGGAACCAGCCAGGUGGUGCUACCAGAACUUUAUGUAGUCAAAACCAGCAAGAAGAUGUUGCAGGAAGCAACAAUGAGGAGACAGAUGGCAUCCCAGCCUUCCUCAUGUCAGGCAAUGUUAAGAAGGACAGCCAGUCAAAGAACAUACGUGCCAAAGAAACAGCUCAAGGAAGAACGAUAACACAUAAGAGCUCUAACAAGCUGUCCGUGUCCAACGGCACUCCAAACGGCCUGGUAGCGGAGGAGAAAAAAGGCAACGGCACACACAGGAGCAGCAGCGCACGGUACUACAGCAAGACGCUGAUCAAUGGAAAGGAUAGCCACAGUGGCAGUGGUGGAGAUAUUAAGCGGGCGCUGAGCUCUUCCAGCCUUCAGAGCAGACUGGAUCUGAAUCUGAGGAGGACAGUGUCUCUCCAGAGGAACGGGCUACUGGUUCCUCCUCAGAAAGGACAGAGCACUGAUAAACCGUCCUACAAUACACUGCAGAGGAACAGAUACAGCACCACUUCUCUAGGCAGACAGAGACCAGUGCCUGAGUCCUGCUUCUGAUCUCAGGACAGCUGAAGUGUGUGAGCGUCUGAUUUAGGUGCAGAUCAUUCCAGUCUGAGUGCCUCCACUGAAGACAAGAUGUUUAGGGUACUUUCACCAAGGUUUCAGCUAAAGGCAAGAAAACAGAUACAAUAUUUUAC